ACCAAAUGUGAUCACAUGAUUCAGUGUGUCACCUGAUUCUCCGGGUCCACCCUGACAGUGUUGUGGAGUCUGAAGCUAGGCUAGCUGUUAUCAUGAUGUCCUAGAUGUUAUAUAUUUCAUAAACUCAUAUGUUUACUUCCACGGAAAGCAUCAUAUUCUGUAUCCAGCUCCCAAUAUCAGCGCAUGCGUAGGGAGGGAAUGCGCUAGUGUGCGCCAAACAGCUUGGAGUUGUGAGAGCUAGCUAGCUGUUGUAAAGCUAUGUCGUCUUAGGAUUAUUCAUCCGGUAUUUUUUAUCCGAGAAGACUCUUUGCACAGGUGAAGAAAUAAGGUAACGGUUACACUCUAAAAUGGCUUCAAUUCUUGACGAGUACGAGGACUCGCAAAACACCAGGCAAAGUGCGCAGCAGCACAGCCGCCUGUCAUCUGCCAACAUCGGGUUGACACACUCAGGCUUUGUGAACGUGAGGCUCGAGGAAGAGAAACCGAUAUUCAACAAGCAAAGGAUCGAUUUUACUCCACCAGAGAAGAUCAACCAUCUCUCAGUGUGCAACAAUCAGCUCUGCAUGAGUCUGGGAAAGGACACUCUUCUGAGGAUUGACUUGGCCAAGCCUGAUCAGCCUAAUCAGACAGAAUUAGGAAGGAAAGAUGAGAGCAAAGUGCACAAGCUGUUCCUGGACCCCACAGGCUCCCAUCUGCUGAUCAGCCUGAGCACCAGCGAGUGUCUUUACCUCAACAGGAACACACAGAAGGUGCGCAGUCUGUCCCGCUGGAGAGGCCACCUCAUCGAGAGCGUAGGCUGGAACAAGCUGCUGGGCAACGAGACCAACACAGGGCCGAUCCUGGUCGGUACCAGUCAAGGCAUCAUCUUUGAGGCAGAGAUCUCUGCAACUGAGGGCAGCCUGUUCAACACCAAUCCAGAUCAAUACUUCAGACAGGUCCACUCCCUGGAGGAGGAUGGGAAACCUGCACCCGUAUGCUGCCUGGAGGUGGAGCGCGGCCUUGAAAAUAAGUACUUCAUCAUCGCCACCACCCGCAAGCGUCUGUUCCAGUUUGUAGGGAAAGUGGCCGAAGGGUCGGAGCAGCAGGGCUUCAGCUCCAUCUUCAGCCAGAAUCAGGACCUUCUGCCCAGUUUCCAGGAGUUUCCAGCUAACAUGGGCUACAGCGAGAUCACCUUCUACACCUCAAAGCUUCGUACUUCACCGAAGGCGUUUGCUUGGAUGAUGGGAAAUGGAGUUCUGUAUGGUCAGCUUGACUAUGUCAGGCCAGAUUCCCUGCUGAGUGAUGUGCAGGUAUGGGAGUACACCCCGGAUAUUGAUUUAAGUGUCAACAAGCCCAUCUCCAUUGUGUUGACUCAGUUCCACUUCCUGCUGCUGCUUCAUGACCGGGUUAAGGCCAUCUGCACCCUAAAUGGACAGGUGGUCUAUGAGGAUGUGUUCCCUGAUAAAUUUGGCGCCCUUAAGAAGAUGAUAAAGGACCCAAUAGGUGGCUUGGUGUGGAUCUACACUGAGCGAGCUGUUUUCCGGUACCAUGUCCAGCGUGAGUCCAGAGAUGUGUGGCAGAUGUACAUGAGCAUGACUAAAUUUGAUCUGGCCAAGGAGUACUGCCGAGACCGGCCUGAGUGUAUGGACAUGGUGCUUGCUAAGGAGGCGGAGCACUGCUUCCAGAACAAGCGCUACAUUGAGAGCGCCAAAUGCUACGCGCUGACGCAGAACUAUUUUGAAGAGAUAGCGCUCAAGUUCAUAGAAGCCAAACAAGAAGAAGCCCUGAAGGAGUUUUUGCUAAAGAAGCUGAAUAAUUUGAAACCAAGCGAGAGAACACAGAUCACCUUGUUGGUCACCUGGCUAGCUGAGCUCUACCUGAACCGGCUUGGCCAGCUGGAGAGCGACGGGAACUGCAUCAUCUUCCAGGAGACCCGUGAGGAGUUUCGCCACUUCCUCAGCAACUCCAAGCACAAGGAGUGUUUGUUCAACAACCGCACCACCAUCUACGACCUGUUGGCCAGCCACGGGAACGUGGACGACAUGGUUUACUUCUCAGUCGUCAUGCAGGACUACGAGAGAGUGAUAUCCCACUACUGCCAGCAUGAUGACUUCAGCGCCGCUCUGGAGGUCCUCUCCAAGCACUGUGAUCAAAAGCUCUUUUACAAGUUCUCCCCAGUCCUAAUGCAACACAUUCCUAAAAAAGUAGUCGACGCAUGGAUUCAGAUGGGCAAGCGGCUGGACCCGAAGAAGCUCAUCCCAGCUCUGAUGAACUACAGCCAGAUGGGAAGCACCCAGCAGAUCAACGAAACCAUCCGCUACAUGGAGUUCUGUGUGUAUGAGCUGACUGUGACGGAGGAGGCCAUCCACAACUACCUGCUGUCACUUUACGCUAAGUAUAAGCAGGACUCUCUGCUGUGGUAUCUGGAGCAGGCAGGAACACACGCCUCAGAGAUCCAUUAUGAUCUGAAGUACGCACUGAGGCUGUGUGCAGAACAUGGAUACCUACGGGCCUGUGUGCUGGUUUAUAGGAUUAUGGAGCUGUAUGAGGAGGCAGUGGAUCUUUCUUUACAAGUAGAUGUUGACUUGGCCAAGUCAUGUGCAGACCUCCCUGAGGAUGAUGAGGAGCUGAGGAAAAAGCUCUGGCUGAAGAUUGCCCGCCACGUUGUGCAGGAGGAGAAAGAUGUGAAGAAAGCCAUGAACUGUCUGUCCAGCUGCAACCUGCUCAAGAUUGAGGACAUCCUGCCCUUCUUCCCAGACUUUGUCACCAUCGAUCAUUUUAAGGAAGCCAUCUGCAGCUCUCUUGAGGAGUACAAUCAGCACAUCGAGGAGCUAAAGCAGGAAAUGGAGGAGGCCACAGAAAGCGCCAAACGCAUCAGAGAAGACAUCCAGGAAAUGAGGAACAAAUAUGGGGUUGUGGAUUCCCAAGAAAAGUGUGCGUCUUGUGACUUUCCAUUACUCAACAGGCCUUUCUAUCUGUACCUGUGCGGCCACAUGUUCCACUAUGACUGUCUCUUCCAGGAAGUGACCCCUCACCUGUCUGUCUAUAAGCAGACUCGUCUGGAGGAGCUGCAGAAAAAGCUGGCUUCCACAACACAAUCUUCCAAGUCACGCCACCGCACACUGACAAAAGACGAAGGAGACUCGUCCAGCCUGGGGAAGGGCAGUGCGGGGUCAAGCCGUGAGCAGAUAAAAUCGGACAUUGAUGACAUCAUUGCAUCAGAAUGCGUGUACUGCGGCGAUCUGAUGAUCAAAUCCAUUGACAAGCCUUUCAUUGACCCGCAGAAAUUUGAGGAGGAGAAAUCCAGCUGGCUAUGAAGUCGUCUCCUUCUUCUUUAAAUAUGAAAAGACAUGAUAGCCCUUCAUUUAUAUGUCAAUGCAACUUCACCAAUGUUAGUGCUGAACCGUUCUGUGGAUAUUAACUUCACCUGAAUGCCUGUUGGAAGUGCCUCAUGCAGAAAAUAGCAUCAGCUUCAGUUCUCUACAGAUUACACUUGUUUGUCCUGGCAGUAUUUGGAGCUCAUUUAAAGGCUUGUGAACUUUGUACAGGAAUGUGUUGUAAAUUAUAGAAACUGCUCGCAAUGAUACAAGAUCAUAUUGGGAUGUGAAGAAUUACCAGGGCAGUACAGUGCAUACAAUGUACUUGAUCCGCUGACUGUAAUAAGAUAAGGAUUAGAAAGCUGAAAUCUGAUAUAACUGCACUAAACAACUGUUAACUCACUGGGUCAUGCACUUUUUUGUCUUUUGAAAACAUAACCUGCACUUAGACUGUGAUUCCUUUGCUAAGUUUUAAUCAUUCUGCUCUACGGGUCUACAUUUACCUUGAGUGAAGGGGCAAAAGAACUGCAUCUACUAACUGUUUUGCGAUUCAACUGUGGCCAAUAAAAGCUUGUCAUUAUGA